AUGGAGAUAGCUACAUGUUCAAAGUUUUACAGCCCUAAAGUUAAUUUUUAAAAAGCAUUCAUAAAUUUGAAAAGAAAUAAUCCAAAGACUUUCAAGACAUUAAUUCAAGAUUAGAUUUAGAAAAUUGAUUCUCAAAAAAUUAUACAAGAUUACAAAGAGAAAAGUAGAUAACGCUAAUGUAACUUUAUUUAAUAAUAUUAAAAGAAACAACUAGAUUUUUAAGAUCUCGUUAAUAAGCAUCUUAAAAUUGUCUUUAAAGUAUUGUGAUUGAUAGUUUUGAGAAAAAAAAUUUCUUAUCUUCACCUACAUCUCCUGCAUCUCCUAGACAUAAUUCUAUGACAGGAGAAAAAUCUAUAAACUUCAAUACUACUUAUACUUAAAAAAGACGAUAAAUGCAAUAAAUUGAAAAUUUAUUUACAGAAUAAAUUAAUAAUGAAUAUCGAAAUUCAUUGCUUGAAUAAACGGAAAAAUUUAUAGCAGAUACUCUAUCUUAAGAAUUUAGAGAGUUAGGAUCAUUAUUUAAUAAAUUUAUGUAAGCUAAAAAUAAUGAAUUAAAUGAGUAAUAAAUAGAUUUAAAUAUUAAUGAAAAAAAAAUUGAAAUUGAAAAACAAGAAGAAAUUCAUAGAAUUGAUAGGAAUUUUAAUUCUAAAAAAGUUUAAUAUGAAUUACAAAUUUAUAAUCUUAAUUAAGAAGUCGCUCAAUUGUAAUCUAAAAUUAAAGAUAUAGAAACUAAUUUCAUUAUCAUAGUUGAUAAGAAUAAUUAAUUAAUCAAAAAAUUAACCUUAAAAUCAAAAGAAAUUAAUUUAAAACACUAAUAAAUAAUAAAAUUAUAAGAAGAUAAAAAUUAUCUUAUUCGCAAAAUUAAAAUUUUAAAUUCUAGAAAUAAAUAAACUAUGGGAAACUCAUAAAGAGAAGAAGUUUAAGAUGAUAUUGAUAGUAUCAAAAAAUCUAUAGAUUCAUUAUCAAAUUCUCAAAAUUUAGAAAAAUUAAUGAUGAUUAAAUCUGAUUCAUUUUCUUUAGAUAAUUAUUCAGAUAGUAUAGAUAUGGGUGAAUAUAGAUUAGAUGAAGUUAUUCUAAAUCAUGAUACAAUAAUUGAAUAUCGAUCUAAAGAAACUUAAACUACAUUCGAAUUGAUCAGUGAUCUAUAUUCUAUUUCUGAUACUUAAACACAUUUCUCUUUGAUGGAUAGAAAAUAUGAUGUAAUUAAUUAAGACUACAUUGAUAAUACUUUGCAUUAUAUAGACUUUUUCUUAUCAUUAAAUGAAGAAAUCUAGACUGACAAUCCAUUCAAAUCCAUUUAAGAAUAUAAUUAACAUCUUUAUGAAAAUUAAUAUAAUACUAUGAUGAUAUCUUAAUAACCAACUUCUAAUACUAAUAUUUAUGAAAAAAAUUUUUAAUAAAAUAGAAAUGAUUUAAUACCUUUUAUGAAAUAUUUACAUGAAAGAUAAUUAGAAAUUGAUAAAAUAUCAUUAUUUUAAAAAUAAGAAAUUUCAGAAUUGAAUUCUUAAUUGAUUCAAAUUGUUAAAGACAAAGUUGAAAUCAAAGAUGAAAACUAACAAUUAAAAAAUGAAAUUUAAGAAUUAUUAAAACGAUUAGAAUUGUUAGAAAAUUAGAAUAAUUUUUAAAGACCUCUUGAGAUUUUAUCAGACACUGAGAUUUAAAUUGAUGAAAAUAUGUUAAAGAAAAAUUAAAAUAAAUAAGGUAGAAAAAUUAGAAAGAUUAGAAAUUUGGGUAGUAAAGUACUUAUUAAUAUAUAAAUUAUUAGAUUUCAAUAUCUUAUGAGUUUCAAAGAAACUAAUCUAGAUUAUUAAUAGAAAAAGUAAAAAAUAAAAAUCCAUCAAAAUUCACAAAUUAUAUGCCAAUCAAAUUAGUCCUUAAAUUUAUUUUUACCAUUUAUUAAGAUAAAAUAUAUAAUCAAAGAGAAAAUAAACUUUUAAGAGAUUAAGAUAUGGCAUCAUAUAUCUAUAACUAUUUUUUAUAAUAAUUUGGAUAUACUAAAAUUACUGAGUAAAGAUUUUUAAUAUUGAUUUUAUCAAUAAAAAAAUAUUUAAAUAUCAUAAGAGUCAAUAUAUUUGCAAAAUUCUUAGGAUUAUUGGAAGAUAAAGUUAAUUAUACAGUAGAAGAAUAAUAGAAAUAUCUUUAAGCACAUGAAUUUAUUCAAAAUUAACAUUAAUUAGGUGUUUAAGUUAAAGAAAAUGAGUAUAAUUUGAAAUUUUAUGUUCCUUAUCUUAGAGCUCUUGCUUAUGUAUCUAGUUUAUAAAAUUGGUAUUUUUCUGGUGAAGAAAUGAAUUAUUUGAAAUAGGAAAUAGAAUAAUUGAAAGAAUCAGAUGAUAAGAAUAAAAGUGGAAUUAUAGAUUUUGAUUAAAUGAUGCUAAGAGUUUUAGUAGUAUUUAGGAAUAAUAUUGAAAAAACUAAAUUAUACGUUAUUAAUGCCUUUAAUGCUUGUGAUUUAGAUGGGAAUGGAUUUGUAGAUGUUCAUGAAUGGCUAUUAUUGAAUAAAUAUAUAGAACCUUAGAAAUAUGAUGAAAUUAAACUUACAGAUACAUUUGAGGAAGCAGCUGACAUGUAAUUAGAUGAUGAGAAAUAUCUAUCAUUUGAUAGAUUUUCAAUCUUAUGCAUGGAAUCAGAACUAUUUAGUGAUGAAUAAUAAAAUAAAUUUUUAAAAGUUAGAAGUAAUGAUAUUUAUUUAUAUUUUAGAUAAUUCUGAAGUAGAAUAAAAAUUCUUUGAAUUAAGAAAGGUUUGGUUAAAUGAAUAUGUUUAAACAUUAAAUUAUAUCAAAAAAAAUCACAAGUUAGAAGAUGAUGAAUAAAAACAUUGGAUAUAAAUAUUAAAUAUCUUAAAUGAGAAAAUAUUACUCAAUCCCCAAUAAAGCAAACCUUUAAUUAUAUCAUUUAAAAUUCUCUAAGGAGAGAUUUACUCAAAACAUACAAAUUGA